AUGCCGGAGACAAUCAGAAGAGAAGACAAUGCUAGGGCAUACCCCGUAAGCGAUGCGCAGCGGCACUACUGUCUUGACGCUGUGAAUAGAAUGCAAGCGAGACAGAAGAACUUGAGAGUUGCGACCCUAAACAUCGGGACGCUGACUGGAAAGAGCAGAGAAAUAGCAGACAUGAUGAAGAGGAGGAGGAUCGACAUACUAUGCUUACAAGAGACAAGAUGGACUGGUGAGAAAUCAGCAGGGAAGGCAAGAAACAUCGGAGAGAGCUACAAGCUGUACUACAGCGGAGGAGGAAAGCCAAAGAAUGGAGUGGCUAUAUGCCUGAGUGAGGAAUGGCAAGAUAAAGUGAUAGAGACCCAGAGAAAGUCCGAUAGAAUCAUAACUAUGAAACUGGUAACACCUGACAAGACGUUCAACAUCGUGACUGCCUAUGCACCUCAGCAAGGCUGUGAAGAAGGCGAGAAGCAGAGAUUUUGGAACCAACUUGAAGAAGUGACCACCAAUGUGAAGGAAACAGAACAGCUGAUUGUGGCAGGAGAUCUCAAUGGGCACAUCGGAAGAGAGAGAGUAGAGGGAUUUGAGAGAUGGCAUGGAGGAAAGUCAAUCGGAAGAAGAAAUGAAGAAGGAGAUAAGAUCUUAGACUAUGCAAGGAGCAAGGACCUCGCAGUGGUAAACACAUUCUUCACACAGAGGGAUGGAAACACCUACACGUACAAAAGUGGCCUUAGCCAGACCAUGAUAGAUUUCAUCAUGAUAAGGAGAGAUGACCUAGGCGAUGUUAAAAAUUGUAAGGUUAUCCCUGGUGAGGAAAUUGCACGGCAGCAUAGACUCGUUGUGAUGGAUUGUUAG